GCGGAGAUCAAUGAACAUGGCGACCGUCAGCGGCACAGAGGAGGAGGAAAAUGCGAAGAAGAGGAAAGCCCACGGAAUGCUGAAACUUUACUACGGCAUGACGGAAGAGGGGAAGGCCUGCGAGAGGCACCUGGAACCUACUGAUGUUGACGGGGUUCAUUUCAACCCAGAGCUCUACCUCACCAAGCUAAGGAAGGAGAGCUCAUUAUCCCAGCUGAUGGAUGUGGAGGCUGAUAUGGUUCGCCAGAUCCGAUCUCUUGACAGUGAAAUGCAGACUUUGGUGUAUGAGAAUUAUAAUAAAUUCAUAUCAGCAACAGACACAAUUCGUAAAAUGAAAAAUGACUUCAAGAAGAUGGAAGAUGAAAUGGAUGGCCUGGCAACAAACAUGGCAGUUAUCACUGAAUUCAGUGCACGAAUCAGCAGUACACUACAGGAGAGGCAUCAGCAGAUCACUAAGCUGAGUGGUGUUCACACAUUGCUGCGUAAACUGCAGUUUCUUUUCGAACUCCCUGCCCGCUUGAAGAAAUGCAUAGAGUUGGGAGCAUAUGCCCAGGCUGUGUCCUACCAUUCGAAAGCCCGGAGUGUCCUUCAUCAGUACCAGCAUAUGCCUUCAUUUCAUGGAAUCCAGACAGACUGUCAAGCUAUUAUGGCAGGCCUUGCAGACACACUUCGGCAGAGAUUCAGGGAUCCAGCUUCAUCCCCACAGGAUCUAUCUGAAUGUGUUGAAAUGCUCCUAAAUCUAGAGGAACCAGCCCAUCUUCUUUGUGAUGAGUUCCUGGCUCAUGGGCGUGGGAGACUGGCUUCCCACCUUUCUGAUCUGCAAGAAUCAGGUGAUAUACUGGAGUUCGUUGACAGAGGGUGUGGUGGUUUCAUCAGUGAUGCCUGUUUGUUGGCAGCUUCCUAUCAAAGCUUGUUUUCUAAAGAGGCUGGCAGUACAGCACAGAUGGCCGAAGCAAAGUUGACUUCUUUCUUGGAAGAGCUUAGCACAGGUUAUUUUGAGCUGGUGGAGAAGAGACUGCGACAGGAGAAAAGUCUGGGAGAUAACUCACUGUUGGUCCGGGCACUGGACAGGUUCCAUAGGCGACUGCAGGCUCCAUCCAAGCUAGUUCCUGGCUGUGGCUUUAAUCGACGUGGCACAGAGAUUGUUGUGAGGGCAGCCCAAGAGCGACUUGCUCAGUACCUGCAAGCACUUAAAGACUUUUUCCAAGGUUGCCUAACAGAUGUGCGACAGGCAUUAGCAGCACCUCGGCUGCCUGGGAAGGAAAUGCCAGCACUUGGGGAUCUACUGGCAGGACUAUCGGCAUCUGUUCUGAAUCAGAUUAAAACCGUUUUAGCUGCUGUGCAUCUCUUCACCGCUAAAGAUGUAGCAUUUUCAGAUAAACCCUAUUUUAAGGGUGAAUUCUGCAGUCAAGGUGUUCGUGAGGGUCUGAUUGUUGCGUUCAUUAAGUCUGUGUGUCAGACAGCCCGGCAGUUCUGUGAAAUACCUGGAGAAAAAGGAACCAGCACACCCCCAGCUCUGCUUCUGCUUCUUUCUCGGCUUUGCCUGGAUUAUGAAACCUCUACAAUCAGCUACAUUCUAACCCUGACUGAUGAGCAGUUUCUUGGACAGGACCAUUCUCCUGUUACCCCUGUGAGUUCACUCUGCUCCUUGGCUCGUUCCACUGCACAGACCCUUCUCAACCAGUAUGUCAAGUCUCAGGGUCUGGUCGUAUCCCAGAUGCUUCGUAAAAGUGUAGAGACUCGAGACUGGGUUACAACAAUUGAGCCGCGGAAUGUCCGUGCUGUCAUGAAGAGGGUUGUAGAGGACAUCACUGGAGUAGACGUUCAGGUUGGCCUGUUGUAUGAGGAGGGUGUCCGUAAAGCACAUAGCAGUGAUUCCAGUAAACGCACCUUUUCAGUAUACAGUAGUUCUCGCUUGCAGGGCAGAUACGCACAGAGCUACACUCCAAGUGCUCCCAUGGACACCAACCUUUUGAGUAACAUCCAGAAAUUGUUCUCAGAAAGAAUAGACAUCUUCAGCACCGUCCAGUUCAACAAGGUUUCCAUACUAACUGGCAUUAUUAAGAUCAGCCUGAAGACAUUCCUGGAAUGCGUCCGGCUGCGCACAUUUGGUCGUUACGGUUUGCAGCAGAUUCAGGUAGACUGUCAUUACCUGCAACUAUAUCUGUGGCGUUUUGUCAGUGAUGAGAAUCUUGUCCACUGUCUGUUGGAUGAAGUGGUAGGAAGUGCUGCCCAUCGCUGCCUGGAUCCAGCACCCAUGGAACAGAGUGUUAUUGAAGUGAUCUGUGAGAGGGGUUAAUGCCCACCACUUUGCCAGUGUAAAUAUUUAACAAAUUGGUAAUAUGUGAGUAGUAAAUAAAAUAUGGCAGUGUACACCUAAAGCUACUAUGUAUAGUAACAGCUUUGCUGAAAUCAACACAAUAAAGAGGACUUUAAAUGUA